CUAGGAUCACACUGUCUGAAGUCAAAUUUGACUCUGGAAGCCCCACCCCCCUCUGCUUCCAGGUUCCAUCCUCCCUCAGCCUCUGACUUCCCCUUCCCUUGGGCUACAGGCCCUAAAGACCAUGACUCAACCAGGAUGGGGGUUGCUAUUCCUGGGCCUCCUGGCCAUGGCCCAUGGGCUUCCAAGAGGAAAUGAUCUGCUCAAUGUCUGCAUGGAUGCUAAACACCACAAGAUACAGCCUGGUCCAGAAGAUGACCUUCAUCGUCAGUGUAGCCCAUGGAAGAAAAAUGCCUGCUGUACAGCAGACACAAGCAUUGCAGCCCAUGAAGAUGCCUCCCCCCUGUACCGCUUCAACUAUAACCACUGCGGAAUGAUGAGCCCGGCUUGCAAACGCCACUUUGUGCAGGACACUUGUCUCUACGAGUGCUCCCCCAACCUGGGACCCUGGAUCCGGCCGGUGUUCUCAAGUUGGAGGAGGGAACGGGUCCUGAAUGUUCCCCUUUGCAAAGAGGACUGUAACCAAUGGUGGGAAGACUGCCGAACCUCAUAUACCUGCAAAGAGAACUGGAGCAAAGGCUGGAAUUGGACUUCAGGGAUUAACAAGUGUCCAGUUGAGGCUGCCUGCCACCCUUUCCCAGUUUACUUCCCAACACCAGCCUCCUUAUGUGAGAACGUUUGGAGUCACUCUUACACUGCAAGCUCUUUUGGCAGGGGCAGUGGCAAAUGUAUCCAGAUGUGGUUUGACCCAGCCCAGGGAAACCCCAAUGAAGCUGUGGCUAAAUACUAUGCUUUUGCCUCUGCCCCAGGCAUUUUCAGUUGGGGGGCCAGUUUCCCCUUCUUGGCUUUGACACUGCUGUUGCUUCUCUGGGGUUAAUCCUCAUCAGGCAUGAAAUCUAACCAAUCUACAUGCAAAACCAUAGCCAAGAUUUCUCUGGGUCUGAGAUCCCUGGACCCCAGCUUCCUGCCUGACACAGCCUGGUCGUCCUGAAACCAAUGGCUUCCCAAUCUGGAUUCUUCCCCUUCAAACCUGAUCUGUCCACUUGGAAACCUACAACCCCACCACAUUUCUCAUUCCCCACCCCACUACUGAGGGGUAGGGCAGGGAGAGAGUACCUUCCUUUCUCCCCAUUUUUAAGUAGCUUCAACUCCAGUCUUCUACCUCUUCUUCUGCAUAGCAAAAUCCAUCCCACCCCACCCUUCUCUUCUUUAGGGGAAAUUAGAAAUUAUUUCUUCGUUCUCUAAAGGCCUCCUUGCUCCUUUCAAGUAAGGAUCAUUUUAUUGAUUAUAUUUGUAUCCCUUGUACUGGUCCAUACAUAAGUAGGUGAUUAAUAGAUGCUGAUUGAUCAAAAAAAUCCCUUCUCUUAUCCUUCCCAGUUCUUCCCCAUACAACAAAAAUUUUCCUUUAGCACUGUUACCAGUCAUUUCAGUUGUGUCUAACUCUUCAUGACGUCGUUGGGGGGUUUCUUGUUGUUGUCUCCUUCUCCGGCUCAUUUUGUAUUUGAAGAAAGUGAGGCAAUUGGAGUUAAGUAACUUGAGCAAGCUCACCCGGUUUUUCUAAGCCAUCCCCUCCCCACAAAUGAAUAACCAGGCACUGGUGGGAGUAGAGGGGGACUGAGGGGUCAGGCAGUGACUGAGGCAAGCCAAAGCUAGAGUUUACUAAGGUGACCUUGAAGUGAUCUCAGCCUCUCCUCUUGUUUCUUUGCGUUCUGGGCUCCUCGCAAAUUAUAAAGCAUACGCUCUACUGAAGGAAGAGACCCAUUUUAGAGAAGCAGAGUGGCAUGAGGGAGAGAACAGGGGAUUUAGGGACGCAGUUCAACCUCAGUUUUCACAGCAGUAAAAAGAAAGGAUUAUUAUCCAUUGCUUCCAAGUUCCAUCCCAAUUCUAAAUUGGUGAUCCCUUGGAAAAGGUGGAAUCAGAUGUGCAGGGUCUUUAGGAGUUCUCCAAUGCAGAGGUUGGUGGCACGCCUGAGUACCUGCCUGAACUGGAUCAAAAUGUAAUUUGGACAUAUUUAUACAAAACAAAUAUAGAUGUAAUAAA